AUGCCGGGUGCUGGUAAUGCGGCAGCCCAACCAUCUGAAUCGGUGCUUGCACGGGUUCAGACACAACGAACCAGGGCGACUGGUAGGGUACAACGCCAGAACUGGUCAACUGACGAGUUGGCCAGGGUGUGUCAGGAGUACCGGGAACUAAAAGAAAGCACUGGUGGUGUUGAAGCGGGUGGUCCGGCCGUUUGGUUCGGUAAACUUAGCGAACGCUACAACCGUGUGAUCGAGUCAGUUAAUAGAGCCUACGGUUUAAACUUGCCUGCUAGAAACUCGAGUUCGAUUCGUUCGAAACUUCAGCGUUACAAAGCGGCCGAUCGUAUCUUUGACAAGGUCUGGGAUAGGGUCGUUGUGAACCCUGAUGGCGAAACGGUAAUCCUGGAUGAUCCAGAGAACUCUUCGGAGCAGAUCGAAGAUCAUCGAAUCGGGGAAGCAGCCUCGGCUGCCAAACCAACGACUACAGCUAGCAGUCCGGAUACAGAGUGGGUGAUCGAUGACGAGUUCAGAGAAAACUUUAACCACUUUGUAGCUACCUGGAUGGGGAAAAAAAGAAAGGUCCGAAAACCGAUCAAAUUCCCUAGAAAGGUGCCGGAGGUUCUGUGGAAGCAUGCCAACCACCUGGUGGCUGAGCAUGUUGCUAACGAAACUAUUCGAAGUUUCGCUGACCUAAACAGAACGGUUUAUGCCGCUUAAACCGUUCCUACGGAAAUAUUUCGAGUCUGGAGAAUCGAGAGAGGAUCCGGCGCUAAGAGUCGACGAGAUACGUGAGUAUUGGGCCGGGAUAGUUGGUGAAAGCCAACGUUCUCAAAGCGAAGCCAUUACGGCGGAGUGGGCACAAGACUGUAACGUAUCAGCUCAAGAGGUCACUGACGAGCAACUCCGAGUAUGGUGGCGUAUGGCUGUAUCGAAGUGCAAGCCAAACAAAGCGCCUGGCCCAGACGGAAUUCCUGGAGUUUCCUGGAAACGUCUGCCGUGUGCCAGCGAUUGGUUAUGCACUUGGCUUAUCAAUGCACUGCGAAGUGUGCGCGUGAACACGCCUGGGUGGUUGGCACAUGGGAGAGUGGUCCUUUGA